ACAUGUUGGUACUCCUGAACACUGGAUAGUGCGGGAAUACACGCAGCUGAAAAUGGAGGCAAGGUUAACGUGUGAAGAGGCCCCUCGAUUACUAUGUAAAUAUGGUCAAAAGUGCUAUCAGACAAAUCCGUUGCAUCAUCAAAAAUACAAGCAUCCACCAAAGCGGAAAAUAGAGGCCAAAGUAGGAGUUGCGAGUAAGAAGAAGAAGACAGUGGCUCCACCCGGAAAUAAUGAGAGGAAUGUACCUGUGUUGGUUGAGGAUGAGUGUAAAGUUCUGAGUGUUCCUGAGGAAGAAGAAGAUCUUCCUCCCACACCUGAAAAUGAGAACGAAGCUAUCAAACAGAAAUUUCUUGUUGACAUGCCAGAAGAUUUUUAUUCCUUUUGGUCAUUUUGCAAGUCUCUGUCACCAGAUAAACCUGAAGAGGCUCUGAAAGAUGUUGGCCUUCUGCUUGUUGGUCCCUUUGAUAUACUGUCAGGAAAUUUGAAGAAAGCAAAGACUCGUAAACUGUCCCUCUAUUUAAUACACUGGAGAUAUUAUUAUGACCCCCCAGAAUUUCAGACUGUUGUCAAGGGUGAUGACACCAAGCAGUACCACAUGGGAUAUUUUCGGGAUGAUCCUCAAGAACCACCUUGCUUUGUAGCCAGAAACUGUGCUGCCAUUGACUGCACAAUUACUCCAAUGGCUGAGAAUAUUUUUGGUGCUGUUAAUGCUUAUUUAGAUGCCAUGAAGGGGAAGUGUGACCCAUUUCAAAAGAUGAAAGUCUCAAAGGUUCAGAAUUCUCUCAAGUCAUGGGCAAAGGAUAACAACUUUGUUUUGGAUGUGCUCAGUGAGGCAAUGAAGGCACGGAACAAGAAAGUAGUGACAAAGACAUUUCAUAAUGCAGGUCUGGUUGUUCCUUGGAACAAGAAGACAGAGUUGGGAUACAGAAAACUCAUAGAAACAGAUGAAACUUUGAAGCGAAUACUGAAGAAUGUGGUGGGGAGCAGCUGUGAAAUGGAGCGAGAGGCACACCUGGGGGCGCUACAGCCCAUUGUUACUGCUGCCAAUAUUGCCAAUGAUGAGUGUGAUUUUGGGACAAGUCUUGAACUGGGUCUCGACUUGUUCUCUUUUGGAGGGAAAGUGUUCCACCGCACUGCACUUAAUCUUCUCAAGACUGCAUAUAGCUUACUCCAGAGGAAUGAAUUUGCUUUAAUAAUUGAGGCUCAUUUGAAGAACAGAAGAAGAGGAACAGCACUCAGUAUAGUUGAUCAGAUUAUCUGAACCCAUGAACAUGUUCAAUUUUAAUUAUUGAACAUUUGUAUUGUGGGAAAUAUAUUUGUUUUGAAGAAAUGGAGCCAGAGUAUGCUAAACUCUUUCUAGGUGCUCGUAAUUUAAAACUCAUUGUAGUUCAUAUUCUUUCACAAGAUUAUUCAUACUCGUGUAAAUCAUGUGAAGUUCAAGUGGAAUGUCUCUCAAAGUUUAUAUAUUAUAUCAUCUCUAGUUUUGAAGGAGUGAGUUUGAGUUUGUCAUGGUCUUAACAUAAAUUCACUGAACUCUUCCCUUGCCCAUGUUUCAUUGCUGCCUUUGUGGGACUCACUACUCAUGCACUGUUUCACUGCACAGGAAUGCUGCGUACUGCUUGUAAAGGCAGACUAUCUCAACUUGCUAAUUCCCUAGAAUUUUAUUUGGGUGACAUAAUUUUUCUCACAAAAGCUUGGGCCACCCUCAGGUGUCUUAGCUUCCAGAACUGUUGGGUGGGGGCAGGAGGGGGUUGCAGUCAAGAAGUUUUCAGAGUGAGGUGCACAGCACUAUUGUGUGACCCAUUUCUUCCCUAAAAUCUUCCAUGCAA